CGGGAGAAAUGCGCGAUUGCACAUGCGCGAGAGAGGAAAGUAUCUUAUUAUCUUGGCACUCAGUAAGAUAGAUAAAGCUCUAUCUAUAUGUAAUAUAUCUAUGCUAUGAUCUACUGGAUCCGUCAUCCGUCAUCCAUCGUCCGUACAUUACUAUUACUCCGCGAGUUGGUGUGGUCGAAAGGAAAAACCAUACAUACAUUUUCAGUCUUGAAAUUGCUUGGAUAAAUAAUGGCAAAUGCAGAAUCGCUUGCAGAAGUAACUGACGUAACUGACGUUCUUCGACAAUGGGAAGAAGAGCAUAAUUCACCAAUGUAUGACCCUAUUCCUGUUCUUCAGAGAUUAGCAGAUAUAAUAGAACUUGAGACAGAGAAUUAUAUGAAGAUGGAUCCAGAUCCGUUUGAUGAAAGGCAUCCCUCGCGCACUGAUCCAGAAUGUAAUUUUGGACAUAUAUUAAAAGUUUUAUUCAGAAAGGAUAACUUUAUGACGCAGUUAAUAAAUGACUAUUUGAGGGACACAUACUGGUCUCGUGCAGGGAUAACUGGAAGAGAUGUUAGAAAGCUGAAUAUCGCCGCUUGCCGUUUGAUGCUAGACAUACUUCCAGGAUUAGAAACAUCAGCUGUAUUUCAACCAGAUAUGGAGGGCCUUAUACACAGAUUAUUCUCUUGGUCGGAGAAAAGUGUCGAACCGUUACAGAGCUACUCAACUGGUCUUUUGGCAGCUGCCAUGGAAGUGCAAGACAUUGCUACAGGAUUUAGAGAUCAGAACGCUAAGAUGGUACCAUUGAUGCUGCAACGGUUGCACAAGUUACAGCAGAAAGCGCAUGAAGAUCGCCAGCAGAAAGCGCACGAAGAUCAUCAGAAGAAUGCCAGACCGUUUGCUCAUUUCGGACAAGAUAGGAACAGCAUUGUCGAUCUCGAGGAUAAAGCCAUCCCUGGGAAACACAAAGCGCGAGAAAAGUGGCGGAAGAACGGAAUCGUAAAGAAGCAAGAGCUUUCUUCCGACGAGGAUGACUCCACGCACGAUGAUAUGCCAGUCAUAAAAAAGAAAAGAAGCAAUUCGGGUUGCGAAACGCCUGUGAAAAAUAGUGAUUUAUAUCCCGAGAUCAUGUCCCCGCCUCUGUCUGUUCCGAAAACUACGAACAAUUCUGUUAACUCGGGGGUGACACCAUCCAAACAGAGUGGUUUGCAAUUCACAAGGAUCGCAAACGUACCGGCGUCUGUCAGAUGCAAUUUGCAAAAAUUAUGUAAUUCGUUUCAGAAUUCCAGCACAUUGCUGGAAGGGAACUCGAAUUCAUCCUGGGCCGAAAUGGAAUCGUACGUCAUCGGUAAUGUUCAGAUGUAUCCUCCUACUCUAGCGACUCGACAGAUGUUGAUCCUACGCUACUUGACACCUAUGGGAGAAUAUCAGGAAUUCCUAGGUCAUGUAUUCGAACAUAGCGCUCUGGACUUGAUAUUGAAAUAUAUUAAUGUACGAGAGACCAAAGAUAGCAGACUUGCUUUCGAAGCUCUUAAAUAUCUCGCGUCCCUGCUGUGUCAUAAGAAGUUUUCGAUUGAGUUUCUCAACGUCGGCGGCUUACAACGGCUGUUAGACGUGCCGAGACCGAGUGUUGCAGCAACAGGUGUGUCUAUAUGUCUGUAUUAUCUUGCGUACUGCGAAGACGCUAUGGAACGAGUGUGUUUAUUGCCAAAACACAUAAUAUCCGAUCUUGUAACUUAUGCAUUGUGGUUACUGGAACGCAGUCACGAUUCCGGACGAUGUCAUGCGACUAUGUUCUUUGGUUUUUCUUUUCCAUUCAAAGUCAUAUUGGAAGAGUUUGAUGCACAGGAUGGCUUGAGAAAAUUAUUUAAUGUGAUAUCUACAUUACCAAUCUUAAAUGUUGAAGAAGAAUCAACUAUAAAUGACGAUGAGGAAUGUGCAUCGAGGCAGAUUGUGCGACAUGUGGCUGUUGCUUUGAAAAGGUACAUGGAAGCGCAUUUGCACAUGAAAGCAGAACAAUUACAACGGGCAGAAAACGUUAGGGCUGAACGCGAUACAUGGCAGCCUUCGUUACCGCCUUAUAAGGCUUGCAAACUUAGCAGCGAAGAAGUUCAAGCAAAGGUAGAGCUUCUUCAAGAAUUAAUGUCAGUCAGAGCAGUAUGGCCGCCAGUGGAAGAACUUCAUCGUUUGGGUGGUAUUACAUUGCUUUUGCAAAUUAUAGCUUUUGCUCGUGAAUGGAAUUACAGCGGACGGGUACAUGCCACAUCUAGUGCAGAGACAGUUCGAUCGUGUUUGGACGUAAUCGCAAUUUGUUCUGUUGUGCCGAAAGUUAUGUUGCUGCUAUGCGAAAGAGUCGAUAUGCCGGACAUGUCAAUGACAAUGGCAAUUAAUCUCUUGCUAGCUGCAGCUGAAUGUGAAAUUAUUGCAGAUGCUGAUGUACAGAGAGCAGCGCUUAGAGCUGUAAUUAAUUGUGUAUGUGCUCCCAUAAACAGAGUCGGAGGAAAUGUAGCCAGAUAUUCCAUAACUGGGUCUGCUAAGAAAAAAGCAAACAUGCACAACAGUGAAGAACUAAUACAGAAAGUAUGGGAAAGCGUUAGGUCAAACAAUGGAAUAAUGGUAUUAUUGCAAUUAAUGAUGGUGAAAACGCCUAUCACCGAUGCCGACAGCAUAAGAGCGUUAGCGUGUCGUGCGUUAGCUGGAUUAGCACGUAGUGAAAAAGUUAGGCAGAUUAUUAGCAAGCUACCAAUGUUCACAAAUGGCCAAAUUCAGUCACUUAUGAAAGAUCCUAUUUUACAAGAGAAACGACAGGAACAUGUCACCUUUCAAAAAUAUGCUCUCGAAUUAAUGGAAAGAGUUUCUGGUAAAGCAAAACCAACAGGUGCAGAAUAUGAAAUUUCCUUAGUUAGUUUACACAGGGUAAGCUACUUUCAAUUUACCAAGAAAUUUCGAAUAAUCUUUUUAUUUAUUUAUUUAUUUAAAUGA